AUGCACGUUGACUAUAGAUAUGUAACAUUAUUAGUUGCUGUGAGUGCCGGGGACUCCACAACUUCACUCCUCCUAUACAAAAAAUCGCAUUGGUCAACACAACAAAACUGCGGCACACAUUUGUACACACCGCUCAAGAUUUGCCUUAUCUUAACCAUGAUAGAAGAAGAUGGAUCAAAAGAUGUUAAAUCAGGAGAAGGACUUAAGCCGCAAUCCGUAGAAAAAUCGUCUGAUGAGAAAUCUGGUGACAUGAAACCAGCUGAAGAUAAAAAAACUGGGGAAAGUGCUUCCAAGGAAAUGGUUUCAAAGCCUGAAUCAAAGUCUACAGAGGGGAAGCUCAGUUCUGAAGACAAACGAAAUCAGACCUCAGCAGAAAAAGUUAUAAAAGAUGACGAUGUUGACAAAGCAAGGAAAUUGGGUGAAGAAGAGGGAAAGCAGGAACAAGUGAAGAAAAAGGGUUCUAUUUGGAAAAUGUCAAUAUUAAUAGCCAUUAAUGUACUCAACUACAUGGACAGAUUUACCGUAGCAGGAGUUUUAUCUGAUGUACAAGCAUUCUAUAGUAUGAACGAUGCCCAAGCUGGUUUGCUACAAACCGCCUAUAUGGUAUUCUUUAUGUUAGUAUCGCCAGUUUGGGGAUUUUAUGGAGACAGAUAUAAUAGAAAACACUUAAUGACAGGCAGUCUGAUCCUUUGGACAUGCACAGUUUUGCUCUCAACCUUCAUUCCAAAGAGUAUGUUCUGGCUCUUUGUUAUUGCUCGCGGUGUGAUAGCUUUGGGAGAGGCAGGUUUCUCUACAGUGGCACCGUCUGUAGUUGCUGACAUGUUUGCUGGUGGUAGCAGAAGUCGCAUGCUUAUGCUAUUUUACUUCGCGAUGCCAUGUGGAAGCGGUCUUGGUUUCAUAAUCGGUGGUAGGGUAGCAGCUCUGGCCGGACACUGGACCUGGGGUGUAAGAAUCACAUUCGUAGUCGGUGCUGUUUGUAUCGCAUUCAUGGCCUUCUUUUUGGACGAGCCUGAACGAGGCGCUGCUGAGAAAGAACAAGGCGAAAUUUUGAAAUCAUUUGCAGCUAGCACUUAUUAUGAAGAUCUCAAGGCUCUCGCUACAAACUUGACUUAUAUAUUCGGAACCGCAGGGUAUACCGCAAUAGUAUUCACUGUUGGUACCUUAUCUUGGUGGGUUGUCGUAACUGUAGUGCACAAUGAAGCCCACCAAAUGGGUUUAAACCACACACAUCUACUGGAAACAGAACGAAAAGAUCGAAUUAGUUUGAUCUUUGGAGCGAUCACUUGUGUCAGUGGAAUUGUUGGUGUCGCUUUAGGUUCAAUUCUUUCUAUGCUUAUCCGUAACGGUGUUGGACCAUUUAAAUGUGUACAAACUGAACGAUCGGACCCAAUAGUAUGUGCAGUGGGAUCUUUUCUUGCUGCGCCAUUGCUGUACCUAUCGAUGAUUUCGAUCCCAGUCAAUAUGGGGGCUGCUUGGGUUCUGUUCUUUUUCACAAUCACUGUUGCAUGUUUCAAUUGGGCGAUUAUAGUGAAUAUGAUGAUGGAUAUCAUUAUACCGCCUCGAAGAAACGUUGCCAAUUCAUGGCAGAUAAUGAUCUCUCACACUUUUGGAGACGCCUUUGCUCCUUACAUCGUCGGAUUGAUUUCUGAUGCGAUACGUGGUGAUGACACUUCACCAGGCGCCAAUUUUUAUUCGUUGAUAAAAUCAUUCUAUCUCCCCAAUGCUUUGCUACUGGUCAGUGGAAUUAUGUUCUUCUUUGCGGCAUGUACAUUUGUGAAAGAUAAUAAGAAGUUUAAGAAAGUCAUGGGAGUACUACAAAGCGGAAAAAGCGAUGCUCCUAGACCAGAUACACAGCAGCCGAAAGCAGAAGCAGAAAAGCAGGAAUCUACUUAA